GCACGCACUGGUCACUCAAGUCGCAAUCCCUGCUGUGCCUUAGCGAGCUCUAGCUAUCAGCAAUGGCGUCCAGGCAAUCCCUCGCUUGCUGCACCAUGGCCCUGCUGUUCGCCGCGGCUGCUGUCUCAGCGCAGCUCUCCACCGAUUUCUACGACGAGACAUGCCCCGACGCGCUCGACAUCAUCGAGUCCGCCGUGAGAGCUGCCGUCUCCAAGGAGUCCCGCAUGGGGGCGUCCCUGCUCCGCCUCCAUUUCCACGACUGCUUUGUCAAUGGCUGUGACGGGUCAGUGCUGCUCGACGACGCCCCGGGCUUCACCGGCGAGAAGACCGCGCAGCCGAACAAGAACUCGCUCCGCGGGUUCGAAGUGGUUGACGACAUCAAGGCGCAGCUCGAGGACGCCUGCAAGCAGACGGUCUCCUGCGCCGACAUCCUCGCCGUGGCCGCCCGCGAUUCCGUCGUCGCCCUUGGCGGGCCGACCUGGGACGUCGAGCUCGGCCGUCGGGACGGGACGACGGCGAGCCUUGACGACGCGAACAACGACCUCCCGGCGCCGACCUUGGACCUCGGCGACCUGAUCAAGGCCUUCUCCAAGAAGGGCCUGAGCGCGACGGACAUGAUCGCGCUGUCGGGCGGGCACACCAUCGGGCAGGCGCGGUGCGUCAACUUCCGCGGCCGCCUCUACAACGAGACCACCAGCCUGGACGCGUCGCUGGCGUCGUCGCUGAAGCCGCGGUGCCCGAGCGCCACCGGCAGCGGCGACGACAACACCUCGCCGCUGGACCCGUCCACGUCCUACGUCUUCGACAACUUCUACUACAAGAACCUGCUGCGCAACAAGGGCCUGCUGCACUCGGACCAGCAGCUGUUCAAUGGCGGCUCCGCGGACGCGCAGACCAAGGCCUACGCGUCCGACAUGGCCGGGUUCUUCGACGACUUCCGCGACGCCAUGGUGAAGAUGGGCGGCAUCGGCGUCGUCACUGGAUCCGGCGGGCAGGUCAGGGUCAACUGCCGGAAGGCGAACUGAAGCAACAGCAGAGGAUGAUGUAUCAGUUACUGUGGUGGCUGGUGACAGACCUAGUAGUGCCAUGGAGUGAUCAGUGCGUGUAGUGUGUUGUGGUCCGCAGAAAUGUUCCUUCUAUCGUGUUGUAGUCUGCUUCGAACGGUUGUAGCACUACCUUACCGAAAUAACAUGAAGGAAUAAAUACAGCUUGGGAUCA